UUCAAAGCACGCGCUUCUCGCCAGCCACCACUAGCACGGGGAUAAUUGUCUAAAUCUCAGAGUUUGUGGAGUUGCAGAAAUGAGAAUCGCGAUCAUUCGCACAUAACACCCAAGAAACCGUCGCGGUACCCACUUUAAGCUCUGCGUUGCAGAAAGAAAUACCGCAGUGAGCAGAAUGAUCACGGGGAAUGAAAGCAGUCGAUCGCGGUGAUUCGUGUGUGCGACGUGUAGAUCUACAACCAAAAGUCAAGACUGAACAAAAGGAAAGAAUAAGGAUGGAGUUGGUGGCUUGCUGAGUGAACUUUAAUCGUUGACGUCGUUUGCUAUUUCAUUCUCUUCGCUCACACAGGCUGCGAUGAGUCUGACGACUGCUAUUUAUAGGUUUUCUGCAUAGCGACAUUAGUCUCACUGGAGAAGAUUUUAAUGUAAAGUGACCAUGCACCAGUCUCUUGGGUCCCGCACGGUCUCAUGAGGAUGGACAGCACUGAGGAGUGCCAGGCUGGCCCUGGUGGUUGAGGCGUUUCCCGGAAGGAUGCUGUUCUCCCGCGUUGGUGUCAGUAAGCUCUGUUUCCUGCUCUCCUUGGCCUUCUGCGCCUUCCUCCUGCUCCUGAUCCCUGGCCUGCAGCUGCCCCUCCGCCACGUCGAGAUCCCCAAGCCUCGGCCCCACUCCCGGUCUCCCGACGGCGAUGCGGGGCGACCCGGCCAGCUGCUGGGCCUCACCACAGCACUUCCCCUGAACAUCAGGGCCCCGGCGAUGGGGGACGCCGGCGCUACGCAGCCAAGCGGAACCCUGCGCUCCGGGGGGGCUGAUUCCAGCAGCUCAGCUGUGGGCUCUGGUGGUACCAUUGCCGGAAAUGAACAGAACGGUCCUCAGGCUCUGGAUGGAGAUGCUCACCGAUCGGGUCCGGUUGGGUCCCAUCCCAGGGAUCAGCUGCAGCUGGGUGACAUUUUUAUUGCUGUGAAAACUACCAAGAAAUACCACAAAUCUCGGCUGGACCUGCUCUUCCAGACCUGGGUCUCCAAAGCAAAGGAGCAGACGUUUAUAUUCACGGAUGGAGAAGAUGGGGAGCUUAGGAGGAAAGCAGGGGACAACGUUAUAAAUACCAACUGCUCCGCCGCACACACACGACAGGCGCUGUGCUGCAAGAUGUCCGUGGAGUACGACAAGUUCAUCGAAUCGCAGAAAAAGUGGUUCUGUCACAUGGACGACGACAACUACGUGAUCCUUCCCAGCCUUCUGCGGUUGCUCUCGGCCUAUUCUCACACGCAGGACGUCUACCUGGGCCGGCCCAGCCUGGACCAUCCCAUCGAGGCGGCCGAACGGGUUAAGAGCGACGGAUCGGUGUCCGUCAAAUUCUGGUUUGCGACCGGUGGGGCUGGAUUCUGCAUCAGUAGGGGGCUGGCGCUGAAAAUGAGUCCUUGGGCUAGCCUGGGAAACUUCAUCAGCACGGCAGAGAAGAUUCGUCUCCCAGAUGACUGCACCGUCGGCUACAUCAUCGAGGCUCUUCUGGAGGUCGCCAUGACUCACACAUGGCUUUUCCACUCCCACCUGGAGAACCUGCAGAGGCUGCCCGCCAACUCGGUGCUCAGACAGGUGACCCUCAGCUAUGGCGGGUACGAGAACCGGAGGAAUGUGGUCAGCAUCGGUGGGGGCUUCUCCCUGGCAGAGGACCCGUCACGGUUUAAAACGGUCCAUUGUCUCCUCUACCCAGACACCGACUGGUGUCCCGGUAAAAAGCGGCCCUGACCUCUACGAAGUGUGCCAGUCUGGGUGCUUUGAAUCCCAUGAGCUGCACCCUUGUCCUCUGUAAUUUGCUCUUGACUGUGAGCUCCCUCCUUCCAGCUCUUUCCAGGAGGAUCUGCGUGCCCGUUGCCUGGGUCCGUUGUCUCGGUGUGAAAGGGUGUCGCACUUGCCUGUGCUUUUAUUGCAAAUUCAGCUGUUUGCAGCUGCAGCCAAAACACAGCAACAAGGAAAGUGGAUGAGUGAUGGAACUAUUUAUUUAUGCUGAAAUGGUCCCUGGUUCGAUAUUUCCAAACCAUAUAGAAUAAUACAAGGUUUUUAAGCUUAAAAGUUAAGGCAGAGAAAAAUGCCUGAUCUCGUCUUAAGAAUAAAAAUAUCUUAUCGACUAAGUUCAGAAUACUCAGUCCAUAUAAUAUGCAGCCCUCUGCUGCUGUCUUGUGAUUGUUACUGUUCUGCUUUUAAUAUUGUUCUAUUAGACAGGCUGUUGUGUUAAAUAUACAAAGGAUAUACUGGACUGUCUUACCUGAUCAGUAUUUUAUCUCUAGCUAUCACAUAUUUAAGAUAAAUUAAGGAACAGAAUGCUGAAAUCAGAAAUUUCUGUUUGUAAUUUACAAUUUGCACGCAAUUCACUUCCAUGAACUGCAAGCUUUUUUGUCAUGUUUUAAACGUGCAAUGUAUUUUUUUUUUGUUGUUGUUGAGAUUUUCACUCUGACCUUGAACAUUCCUGCAGCACAAACCCAAAGGUACUAUUUCACUGCAGGCCAGUGAAACUGAGGAUUGCACCUCUGAUUUUUUUUUUCCCUAUUUUAUCCCGUUUUAUUACUUUUUCUGUUGUACAUCUUUUGCAUUUAAUAAAGUGUAGCAGGCCGAAUGCCAAAUGCACUCCUUCA